AUGGCUGCCGUUUCCCGUGUAUCUUUGUUCGUGGUCGCGGCCAUCUUGAUCAUGGACUGCUGUUACUCAGCAUCGAUCCCGAGGAGCUAUGACCCUCGACUAACGGAGGAGAUGGUACUGACACCCAAGAAGAGACCAUUCUGUAACGCUUUCACAGGUUGCGGUCGCAAGAGGUCCCAAGGGGCGCCAGGGAUGCCGGUCCAAGAGCUCAUCAGGCAAAGACAGUUCGUUGACGACGACGCACUAGGUUCUAUUCUCGAUUCAGAAAACGCAAUAGAAGAGCUUUCCCGCCAAAUCUUAUCUGAGGCUAAACUCUGGGAAGCUAUCCAGGAAGCAAGCGCCGAAAUAUCCCGACGAAAGUCAAAGGAAGUCCAAUUCAACCAAUAA